UGACACUCAAAAUAGUCCCACUUGCAGCAGACUCGCCAAACAGAGGCAGCAUUUAAACUAGAACUUUGUUAAUAAAACUAACAUUUCAUCACAAGUUUCUGUGUGUAUACUUGGGACACCGGUGAAUUAGCAUAAUGUCGGACACCGGGGAGGAGUGGCAGGUGGCCCGGCGACGAAAAGGCGCAGCGCGGAAAUCAAAAUCCUUUCAGGUGUCGUCAAAUUCAACAAGCCCACAGGAGCAGCUGGACAUCGGGAAAACUGUUAAACGAAUCAGAGAGACAGUGUCUGAGCUAAGAUGCGAGGAAUUCUGGCACGAGUGGAAAGGAUUCUUGUCUCCAGAGCAGCUGCUGGUGGCGGGACCAGGAGCCCUCUUAAAACCUCCAGAGAACAAAGACACAGAGGAGACACUGAGCAGAGAUGGCAGACAAAGCCAACAGCUGGACUGUGUGUGUUAUGGCCUGGGCUCCUUUUCCUCCUGUGUCUCAGCUCGCUACCAAUUAGCCUUGUUGCUGUUGCUCCUGGAUGCAGGACAGAUUCCCCUUAAGGACUGCUCUGUUUAUGACCCUGCUUUCUCCUCCGGUGAGAGGGAUGUUUUGAGAGAGCUGGGUCUGAUUGUGCUCACAGAAAAUGAGGAGGGGAAGCGUCUAGCGACGAAGCCCACACUUUUUUACCUGAUGCAUUGUGGGAAAGCCCUGUACAACAACCUUCUGUGGAAGAAUUGGAGUACACAAUGUCUUCCUCUCAUGAUAAUCAUCGGAAACAGUUUCAACGGCAUGAGGGACAGGACAAUCGAGAGAGAGUUCAAGCGGGACUACGGCUACAUUACGCAGGCUGUCUGUGUGUGUGAGGAGAGACCGCUGCCCUGUCCAUCCCGUCUGAUUGACGUUUUCAGUGACACGGCCGUUAUCACCUUUCCUACCAGCAAUCUUGACGGACUCCCACAAUCCACAUGGGUAGAGCCACCUGAACCACAGUACGGACACUGCCCUGAUUUGGAGAUUAUUGAGAGGGAAACACAGAGCAGAGACAGGAGAUGAACAAGAAAUUGACUGUAUGUAUUGUAUUUUUUUUUAUUGUUGGCACUAAUAUGAGCAGUUUUUAAUUAAAUAAACUCCUCCUUCAAAUUGA